CUUUCUGUUUGGUAUUGUGUCUAGAAUCGUUGGUGUUCGGUUUCGGCAGAAGUUUAUUGAGGUGCUUUUUCCUUUCAGAUGCCGCCGUGUAAGAGAGUUGUUCGCACUCAGUCCGCUAGUGCUUCACGAGAGGGUGGAGAUGAGAAUGUGCCGCCACCGGUUCCACCGAUUGAUCAGGAUGCCCUUAGGCAGAUGGUGCAGGAUGCUGCCAGACAGGCUGCACAUGAGGCAGUUCAGCAAGCUGUCCAGGAGGCUGCUAGAGUAGCUGCACAGGAAGUGGUUAGGCAGAUGGCUGCAGCUCAGCAGGUUCCGCCUGUUCAAAUUCAGGGGCAUCAGCAGCCUCCUAUUCAGCCGGUUCCACCAGUUCAGGUUCAGGGGCAGCAGCAGCCCCCUAUUCAGCAGGUUCCUGAGGUUGAUGAGACGCUUAUGCAGGUGAUGAAACAGAUGAAAACUGUGGAUUUGGAGACUUUUGGGGGAACAGUAGACCCUUUUCAGGCUUAUAAUUGGAAGCAUAGAUUAGCUACGUGUCUGCAGACUAUCAAUUGUCCGUUGCGCCUUUGCCUUAAUAUCGCAGAGUUGUAUCUGCGUGGGGAUGCAUUAGUAUGGUGGGAUGGAGUGCAAUCGAUGCGUGAUGGCGAUAUGACUUAUGAGGAUUUCCUCAUUGCGUUCGACAAGAAGUAUUUUCCUAGAGAAGCAUUGCACCAGAAGAAGAAUGCUUUUGAGCAUCUGAGGCAGGGUACUAGGAGUGUCAGAGAGUAUGAGCGGGAGUUUUGCCAACUCCGCUUGUUUGCUGGUAAUAAUUUUGAUGCGGAGGACUUGAUCAGGAGAUUCUUAGAUGGGAUGCGAGUUGAUCUUCGCGGCAGGUGCAGUAUGGUUACUUACACGAGCUUGGAGGAUCUGGUAGAGAAGGCUGCUGUGCAGGAGGCAUGUAUUGCAGAGGAUCAGAAGUACUCUAAGGCCCAACCUAAGACUGAAAGAACUUCAGGGUCACCGAACAUGGCAGGGGAUCAGUCAGGAACACCCAGUUGUGAGCGCUGCCAUCGCUACCAUUUUGGAGAUUGCGUGAUGUGUUUUGCAUGUGGGCGGUUAGGCCAUGUGGCCAAGUAUUGUCGAUUUACAAAAGUGGAUGGUACUGGUACCGGACAGGUUACAGCACCAACGACACUAGCAGCGGCUUCAAAGAAGUGUUAUGGCUGUGGCCAGCCUGGUCACAUUUUCAGGGAUUGCCCGAGGGGGGGACGUGUAGAGAAUCCAUCACCAGCUAAGCGCCAGGCUAUCGCACCACGAGUAGCAAGAGGCAACGAGAGAGUUGAGCCGGCUGAUGGUAUGUAUCUUUUCACUUUGGUAGUUUACGUUUGUGCAUGUUGUCUUUUGCGGUUAUCAUGUGUUUAAAAAAAAAAAGUUGUGCUUAAGAUCAGUAGCGGCUGAGUAUGAGAGAUUUCACCUUAUUUGAUAUGGGAGGACCACAUAGUUUGGAGUGUCUACAGCGAACAAGCGUCUUUAUAACAAAGUUAAGUCAUGCUGAAGACAUCUUAUUCCUUUUCUCGGCUCAGGAUUUGAAUUCGGGGACGAAUUCCUUCUUAGUGGGGAAGAAUUGUAACGACCCAGAUUUUUCUGGUGGGCCAGUUUGGCCUUUAUUAAAAAUUAAAGUCUAAUUCUCUCUUUUUACUUUGUCCCACAUUGGAUGUUUAGAAAACCCACCUCCCUUCCCUUCUCCUAUAUAAGAAACUCCAUCCUUUCUCUUUAUUCUCAUCAAGUCAAAGUAUUUCUUUGCGUGUGACGAGUUGUUGUUGAAUUAUUCGACGACCAGUCACUAGUGAAUUUUCCGGUGGGAUUUCCGGGUGAGCUUCCGGCGAGAUUUCUGGACGAGCUUCCGGUGAGAUUUCUAGACGAGCUUCCGGCGGGUUUUCUAUUGACCUCAGCUGACCGCAUCUUCCGUUGUUCAUUUCAGCCUGUGGCUAAGGUGAGGGCUAUCCCAUUAAAUCCCGAGCUAGUUUAGUACUACUAUUAUAGAAAGUUUAGUUUCGAAACAUGAUCCGUCUCUGUGAAUUGAGUCUGUUUGAGAGUCUUGUUUGUUUAUUACUACUAUUGAUUGUUAAACCGGAAAUAGGAUAAUAGAGGAUUCAACAGUUGAUUGAAUUGAAUGAAUUAAGAACUGUUAUUUAUAUAUGUAUAUACAUAAGUCUGUUAUGAGAUUGCGGGGCACAAAGAUGUUGUGCUAACGGCGCAUUGUGUAGAGAUUGCGGGACACAGAGACGUUUGUGUUAGCGGCGCAUUGUAUGGAGAUUGCGGAGCAUAUGGACGUCUAUGCUAGCGGCGCAUUGUAUGAGGGAUUGCGGGGUACAAAGACGUUUGUACUAGCGGCGCAUAGGUGAUUGCGGGGUACAAGGAUGGACUCUUGUACUAGCGGCGCAUAGAGUUAUAUAUUUAUAUCCGUAUAAGGAGAAUGCGGGGUGUGUGAUCUAGUUAUGCACUAUCAGCGCAUUUGAUGUUUUAUGUGGUGUAUUAGACACUGUGUUUGUUUCAUGCUAGAGCUAGGCCUACAUAGUCGUAGUGCUAUGUACUGAGUCAAUGGUUUGUGGUUUAGCAUCCCAUACCUCACGGAGUAACUCCCCUGUUACUCACCCCUCUUUCUUCCCCCUUUCAGGUGAGACCGACGAGCAGGAGUGAUUACUAUCGGAUUGGUGCUUUGGAAGUUUUAUCUCUUAAAUUUUCAGACUUGCGGUUUUUAUGAUUUAUCGAUAUUUUCAGGUUUUAUUAUAUUAUCUGGAUUUACGACUUUGGAGUUGACUUUAGAGAAGUAAUAAAUGGAGAUUUCGGACUUUA